CGGGCACAUACCUGGUCGAUCCAUUUCCUGGUCUGAUUUUCUAUGCCUGCUGAAAAUGCCUUGUUUCUUUUUGGAUUUAGCCAUUUUCAAGCCAUAGACCCCGCCUAUCUCACCUAGUUUCUGGUCUCAAUUUCUCCCAUUGUCCAUUGUCUGUUGUAAAGAUGAUGCAACCAAUGUAUCCUGGACAGGGACGGCCUGGUGGGACAACUGAAUGUGUAUCAAAAGUUGAUGUAAGAAUUGAAUGUAAAAAUUUAAUGAAUAAAGAUACUACAUCUAAGUCAGAUCCUUGUGCAAUUCUCUACAUAUCAAGAGCUGGUGGAGAAUUAAAAGAGGCUGGUAGAACAGAGAAUGUGAAGAAUUGUUUAGAUCCACAAUUUGCUGAAAGUAUUACUGUAGAUUAUUAUUUUGAAGAAGUUCAGAAUGUAAAAAUUGUGAUUUAUGAUGUGGAUAACAAAACACCUGAAUUAAGCGAUGAUGAUUUUCUUGGAGGCAUUGAAUGUACUCUAGGACAGCUUGUUUCCAAUAAUCCUUACAUUAAACCAUUAUUAUUAAAAGAUGGAAAAAAAGCUAAAUCUAGUUCAGUAAUUGUUCGAACUGAAGAAAUAAAAGCAGGGGGUGGAGAAAUUCUUAAUGUAACAUUAAGAGCUACUAAGUUGGAAAACAAGGAUUUUAUGGGUAAAUCAGAUCCAUUUUUAGAAAUAUUGAGAGGUACAAUGGAUGGAUCAUGGCAGGUCGUCCAUAGAACAGAGGUAGUUAAAAACGAUCUGAAUCCACAUUGGAGGCCAUUUUCUAUUCAUUUACAGAAACUUUGUGGAGGAGAUAAGAAACAGAGUAUUAGAAUGGAUGUAUAUGAUUGGGAUAACGAUGGGUCACAUGAUUUGAUUGGUGGAUUUACGACUAAUGUAGAAGAAAUGUUAAGUACAGGGAAAGAGCCCACAUGGCCUUGUAUAAAUGAGAAAAAGAAAUCAAAGAAGAAGAAUUACACUGACUCAGGCAUAGUUAUUGCAUCAUCUUGUAAGUUAACCAAAGAAUAUUCAUUCUUAGAUUACAUAUUUGGUGGUAUGCAGAUUAAUUUUACCGUUGGGAUAGAUUUUACAGGAUCAAAUGGCAACCCACGGGAACCAUCAUCUUUACAUUAUAUAAAUCCAAAUCAACCUAAUGAAUAUAUGCAAGCUAUCAGAGCUGUGGGUUAUGUUUGUCAAGAUUAUGAUAGUGACAAAAUGUUUCCUGCUCUUGGAUUUGGUGCUAAACUUCCUCCUAAUUAUGAUCAAGUAUAUCAUGAAUUUGCUAUUAAUUUCAACCCACAAAACCCAUAUUGUUCAGGAAUUGAGGGUGUGGUACAAGCGUAUAUGAAUUGUAUAACACAAGUACAGUUAUAUGGACCAACUAAUGCAUCACCUAUUAUAAAUCAUGUUGCUAGAUUUGCUGCUACAGCCCAACAAGAAGAACCAACUAAAGGAGCUCAUGUGUACUAUGUAUUGCUAUUACUAACUGAUGGUGUUCUAUCAGACAUGAGCGAUACUCUAUACAGUAUAGUUAAAGCUUCAGCUUUACCGAUGUCAUUGAUUAUAGUAGGAGUAGGUGGUGCUGAUUUUACUAAUAUGAAUACAUUAGAUGGGGAUAAUGGGGUUUUAAAAGCACCCAAUGGUCAACCUGUUUCAAGAGAUAUCGUGCAGUUUGUACCCUUCAGUCAGUUUAAACAGAAAAAUCCAUCUGAGUUAGCUCGUCAAGUAUUGGCUGAAGUACCAAAGCAGGUGACACAGUAUUUCAAACUAAGAGGCCUGAUACCAAACGUAAUGAAACCUAAUCCACCUCCUGCUACUCAAGAUUCUUAGAUUUAGAGUCUCUGAUGGGAUUUUGUUUUCCUACACUUCUUCACCUCAGACUCAGAGAUAUGGAGAAGGCAUUAUAGUAUAUUACAUGUUUUAGAUUAUAUAGAUUUGUUUUUACUUUGAAGCUUUCAUUGCUAUGAACUAGUUAUUUUAUUUUCUACUUCAUUUAGCAUCCAUGUACAUAACUUUACCUAUCCACAGUCCAUUUACAAUUUAUACCUGACCGUAAAAUAUAUUACUAAAACUUUGCAUAUGAUAACUGUGAUAAUUAAGGGCAUAGUAUAGCAAAAUAUAGACAAAUAAAAAAAAGGGUCAGUAAUCAAAAGUUAUAGCCAUUAGAAUGUCAGUUAUCUAAAAAAAAAAACCAAAAAACCCCAAAUAACUCGUUUUUAAUCCAUGAACAAUAAGAUCAAGCUGGUAGGUAAUGAUGUUGUUUUGAUUUUAAUUGUCUAUCUAAAGAAUAGCUUUCAUUGCCUUAUGUUUUAAAUAUGAAAAAUGCCUAUUAGACUUUUGAUGCAUUGAGUGAGACUUUAACAGGGUUAAUUUGAUGAUAUAUGCCCAUAGCUUCUUCAUAUCAAAAGGAAAAUCCUGAAAUAAGGCUAUUUCCAGCACAAGAUAAAUAAUUUAACUAUUUUGGAAUUGUUUUAUAAAACAAUAAUUAAUAAUGUAAAGGGUAUUUUUUUAUUAUUUAAAUAUAUAGGUUUAUAAGUCUGUUGAAUUUCUUUGUCUUUCAUAUGCAUCUAUAACUUUUUGAUAUAUUAAAUUUAUCUGUUUUCUAUAAAAUUAUAAUAAAAUUGUCUACAUUUGUAGCAUACAAGUGUUUAUAUAAUCCUUUAUCGAUACCUGGUAUAUUUUUAUAUAAUGCUAUUACAAUUUAUUUCAUUUGUUAAAAUGUGGGAUUUGGUGCCAAGUGGUCUGGGCUUUGUACAUGACAGGGAGUAGGGUUGCCCGAGUAACCUCGUGGGUUUACUCUGGGUCUACCGCUUUUCUUCCGUAGUUCCGCUGUUAAAAAGCCUGACAUGUAAGACCUAUGUUAGUACCAGAAUGAACUUAUCUGUGUUAAAAAGAUAUUAAAUCCCAUUUCACUUUCUCUUUUUAUUUGUUAAAGCAUCUUACGAUAAUCAGAUGUUUCUAUUUAUUUAUACUAAGAACAUUUUGAAAACAAACUUCUUUUGUUAUUAUAAUAAUAUCGCUGUAUAUAUAUAAUGCUGAAUUAUAUUUAAACAAUGCUCUGCUAGUUUAUUAAAGAUACAUUAUGGGAGAUUAGAUAAAGAGCUGGCAGUUCUCACUAUAAUAGUUAAGAACUAUAUAAAGGCAAUUUGCUGAAAAUUUCAGUCAAAUUGAUCCACUCUGAACUGAGAUUUUAGCGAUUGAAUUUUGGGUCUAGCUUUGAUCAUCAUUACUAAAGUCGGUACGAUAAAAAUAAAAUAGUCUUGAUUAUGCAAUUUUUGAUUUAAUUAUCAAUGACCGUUAAGCAGCAGAGAAUAUUCUAAUCUGGAUAAGUUAAUUAACGUCUAAUUAAUAAUUUAGAUAAAAUUUCAGGCCUAAAGAAAGAUGUGCAAUAGGCAGAUUUAGCUCUUGCAUAAUGUAUGUUUAAGUAAAGUAGUUGUAUACAUUUGUUAUUUUUAUUAUAGUCUGUUAUAUUACACAUAAUGUUAGAGGAUCUGUUAUAUUUGUAUAAUGCUUGAUUAUUAUCAGUAUAGUAAUAUUUUUUAUGUUCUCUUAAUGCUCGAUUGUUUCUGUUUACUGUCCAACAUUUAGUCCAUUUUUGAUAUAUUUUAUUAUGUCAUUUUAUUUUGAAACAUAUUUUGAUGUUAGUUGGAUAGAUUUUAUAUAUAUGUUCGGUUUUUAUUAAAUAGACAUGUUAUACAACUAUAUAUGCAGGGGGAAUAUGGGUUUCAUUUCUAAAGGUUAUCACACUAAACAACCAAUUGGUCUUCUGUAUUCCUUAUUCAGUUUUAUUAUAUUUUUAAUCUUGUAAUAAUAUGUUGAUUUCUAUCUUAUAUAAAGCUUUACUUUGAAUGAUAAAACUGAUUAAGAAUCUAUGUAUUAAAGAUACAUUAUGUAAGAUUUAAAUAAAGAGCUAGCCAUUCUUGCUAUAAUAGUUCGAAAAAAAAAAUGUAAAAUUAAUAAUUUGAAAAUUUCAUUUAAAUUGCUCUAUAUUGCGCGCAAAGAUAUUAGCCUUUGAAGGUUUGACAAGACGUGUGCAAUAAUUUCAACCACCGUACUGGUUGUGCAAGCUAAGUCUUGCUCUUCCAUUUUAGCUUCAAUCAAAAUAUGGCUGAACUGUUCUAAUCUAUUUAAUAUCGGAGAAAUCCGAUGCCAUCGAGAGUUGAUUAUGGCCUGGAAAAGUUAAAUAAUGUCUCAUUAAUAAUUUAGAAAAUAUUUCAGGCCUAAAGAAAGUCCUGCAAUAGGCAGAUUAAGCUCAUGCAUAAUGUGUGUUUCAACUGUUUAUACAAUUAUUUGUUUUUGCUGGUUGACACUCUAUCUUUUUAUAUAAAAAAAGCUGUUGGCUUCUGCAAAUGUUUAUUGUACAUCUUCUGUUGGCUCUUUUCAAAUUUAUAAGAGACUGGCUUUCAUAUAAAUUUAACUUUAAAAAAUUAGUUUUUUUUCCUUUAAAAUCUAUUUUGAUUAGCACCUUUAAGUUUCUGUCCUACAAGAUUUGAUUGUUGUCGUUGUCUCAUGUUAUUGUAAUCCAAUUAUCAGAUGAAAAAUACAAAGUUAAUGGACAGUUUCGACAAGAUCAACUUGCCACAUGAAACAAAUUUAUAAUGAAAAGUGUAUGUGUUAUUGUGAAAAUGGUAAGCCUAAUGUGCCUUGUUCAACUGUAAAACCAGUGUUACCAGUGACCUUCUGCCGACAUGUAAUUGAGGAAUUGGGCGAGGUUUAUCUCAGUCACAAUGUCAGAAAUCAAGCCUAUCCUUCUGCGUUAAAGUUUUGAUUACAUUAUUUUGGCAUAUUGGGCUCAAUCGUUUAAAGGAGCUAAAUCGCUAAUAUUUGGGACGUAGAAAUUGAUACAAAUGGGUCGCAAUGCAUAUAAUAAUGUAAUAUGAAUAUAUAUAUAAACUAAUUUACUUUC